UACAGUAUGACUUUGGAUGAUGCCCAGAAAGAGAUUGUAUUGAGCCACGCCAACAGGCUGUUGAGCAACAGAAACUACCCUAAAACAAUCUGUCCCUCCGAGAUCGCCCGUGCGCUAUCGUCAAGAGAGCUGGAGAUGCUCGGUGUUUUGAACUGGCGAGAGACUAUGCACGAUGUCCGGGAGCUUAUGUGGGAGAAGCGGGAAAAUGGAGAGGUGGAAGUCAUGCAAAAAGGCGAUGUGGUCGAUGCGGAGAGUCUGGGGGAUAUCCGGGGACCGAUACGAGUUAGGAAUAUCAAGAAGUGA